UUGGGCUUUUGCCUUUUGGUGUGUUUGGGGCGAACAGUCACUCAGUCAACACUCAACAUCAGGCAGCAGCAUAAUUAAAGCUGAUUAAAGACUCAUUUAAGAGUCAACAACAAGUUUAUAGAUUAUGGUUCUCCGUGGCAAUUGAAGAUAUAGUGUUUUUUUUGUUUUUUUUUCUUAUUUAAUCGGUUCAUGUGAAUGUAAUGCAAAAAGAUGGAAAGUUUUCUAAAUAUGUGGGACAUUUUUUCUGUGCUAAUGUUGUAAUCAAGAACAAUUCUACCAUUAAAAAAGAUGGAGAAUACAGAUGAAUCUAUUGUUGGUGGAAAUGACCUUUCACUAGCAAUGAAUCAAAUUCUUUGUGAAAAUUCAUCUACUAUUGGCAUGGGGCCUGAUUAUGAUCUUCAACAAAGCAAUCUUGCUCUUCUUAAAGCGGAGCUUAAGUUAGUGACCCAUGAUAGAGAUUUAUUAAAAAAGGAAUUAACAAAGAUUCAACAUCAUAUCCCUGCUUCUUCUAUUUCAUCAUCUUACAAUUUUUCCUCCUCUGGGACAUUAACUCGCUCUACCUAUCCACAACAAUUAUCUUCAGUACGAGAUUAUGAUGCUCUACAGAGACAAUGUGAGGCAGCAAUGAGUGAAUUGCAAUCUCUUAAGAGACAGCAUGAUAGAUGUGAAAAAGCUGUCCAAGAAUCUGAGUACUACCGUGGACAACAUAGAUCAGUUUUGUCAAAGCUAGAUUCUACUACCCAGGAGAUGCAUACACUACGGUCGAAAUAUGGGGACGUGUUAACUGGAAAGCAGCGUUUAGAACAAGAAGUUCACAGCCUUAGCCAAGCUAGAGAAGAAGAUCGGAAAGAGAUAAAUGAUUUGAGAAGGCAGCAACAGGAAGCUGUGAUAAAAGGAAAUGGGACAAAUGAAACACUUAAUCAACUUUAUGUUAACACAUUGCGCAAAUGUGAAGCUAUUAAAGAUGAGCAUGAUUCCUUGCGAAAAAGAUACGCUGAUCUUGUGGCCUCUCAUUCAGCUGCUGUAAGCAAAUUAGAACUUGCCCAAGAGGAAAUGACUCGGUUAAAGAAGCAAUAUGAAGAAUCAAUUCAAGAACGUAAUGCUGCAGUACGUGAGAGAAAUGUUCUGAAGUCGCAGUGCACUCAUGCCAUUAUGCAGUGGGACAUUGCAAUCCGCGAAAGAAACACCUACAUGGACUAUUUAACUAAGAUUCAACUUCAACAUGAAGAAGAGAUAAAUAAAGGAAUGGCUUCCAGAAUGAAGAGUAGUAAAGAUUUAAAGAGACUAACUGAAGAACGGAAUGCUGCAAUGGAGGAAUAUUCGCUUGUCAUGCGCGAGAGAGAUUCAGUUCAUAAAGAAAUCGAAAAACUGCAGGAUGAUUUGCUGCAAUCAAACAAGAAGUUAAAGACAUUAGAAAUCAAGAGCAACGAGAUUCACGAUGAAAAGAAAAUGUUGCUCUAUGAAGUAGAGUCGUUGCGGAGAGAAAUUAAAUCCGCUUUGGAGGAUCGUGACAAUGCGUUAAAGGAGUUGCAUCACAUGCGAGAAAGAUGUGGGGAAUACCAAGAACCACAAUGGAAUGAAAACCUGUUGCUAGAUGAUCAAGAACGGAAGAAUCGCUUUGGAAUCGGAAAUGGAUGUUUGAGUGGUGAACAAAUUCGCAAAGAUCGCACUGAAACACCCAAAAGUGGAAGAGGAGAACUAUAUCUAGUUGACAGCGGCGAACAAGAAGUUGAACAACUAAAAAAACAAAUUGAAAAAAUCCAGACGGAGUUUGCAGAAGCACUCCAAGAAGCUGAAGUAUCAAAACAACGCCGGGAUUGGGCCUUUGGGGAACGUGAUAAAAUUGUUCUUGAAAGGGAAUCCAUACGCACAUUAUGUGAUCGAUUGAGGCGAGAAAGAGAUCGAGCCGUUUCUGAUUUGGCCGAAGCCCUUCGUGAUUCCGAUGACGUCAAACGUCAGAGGAAUGAGACUUCUAAAGAACUGAAAGAGCUGAAAGACAAACUUGGGGACCUUCAACUAGAAAAGGAGAAAGAGAAGGAAAAAGAGAGCCGUGCUCCACUUAAUCACAGCUAUGAUUCCGCCUUAGGAACUGAUUUCUCGGAUGGCGACACCGAAACCGUGGAAAUUGAACUUGAUUGGUCAAACUGUUUAAUGGAUUUUGGCUUUUCGUUGGCGGGCGGGAAAUGUCGUCCCGUUUACAACAAUGACUACGGCCUCUACGUCGUGUCUAUUGCGCGGGGAGGCCCAGCUGAUGGCAAAUUGAAGAUAAAUGAUUGCCUCCUCAAAGUUGGUACGCUGAGCUGCACUGCCGCAGAUUCGGAUUCAGUUUUGAACUUGCUCCGAUCCACCAAAAUGCCCGUUUCCCUGACUGUAAAGCGUAGAAGAUGCUUAUACCAGGGAUUGUACUCAGUAAAGUUACCCUUGGGUUGUGGUGUGUCUCACGGAUUGACAUUGGAAAAUGGAAUUUACAUACGAUCCGUUACCCCUGGAAGCAUUGCUGCCCGAGAAAGUACACUUAAGGCCGGUGAUCGCUUAUGCAGUAUUAAUGGCAGAAUUUUGGACUCUAUGACUAGUUUUAUUGAGGUAUGCAGAAUUUUAGACGAGAGUUUCAGCCAGAAUGAUGGUCCUACAAUUACAGUUGCACGAGGAUCGCUCUCUUCCACCGUGUUUCCUGUUUCAUUGCCUUCUCUGGGAUCCCCGAGCAGCAACUCGAGUGCCCACAACAUAACUGAAGAAGAAGGCCAGGUGGAUGUCCAAGGCAAGGGGAACGGUCAUUUUUCCAUCGCUCGAAGACACCAAGGGAGCAAACAUUCGAAGGGGUCUUCAUUAUCGUCGAAUGCUCCCAGUAAUGUAUCCAGUGCUGGUUCUAUAGCUUCAGCAGGACUAGUUGUCUGGGACAUGUUCCGUGAGACACUGGGUCGCACCCGAAGGCCUCAUAGCAAAGAAAAAAAUAAUCAUCACACGGAUGAUGGGAAACGUUCAACUAGCACCACUUCAAAUAGUCCGACUGCUAGUGCAACAGACCGUGAGGCAGCUGCCAUCGCUAUUUUAGAGGACGUUAUCGACCAUUAUAAUCCUCUUACCAUUACCAGCAAUGAUGCCUCCUCAUGUUCGGGAUCACAUAAAAAGAAAUCGGAAAUUGGUUCAGGUUUGGUUACAUUGUGCAGGAGAAAGCGUGUUAUGGGAAAUUCCAAAUCUGAAUGCAAACGAGAUGACACAAGAAUGUGCAAUGGCGGGACUUGGCCUCGAUGUCGUGCUGGUUCUCCAUUCAUUUCAGGAGAAUAUUUGGAAGGGGCCAACACUUUAUUUCAUAGUUACAAAUACCCACGAGCCAGGCUGCCGCUUUCAGUUUUUAUCGACGCCUCGAAAGCCUCUAAGGAUGAGGUGGCAGUUGAUGACACAACGGACGAUGACAAAGAUUCCGGCCAAGCAGCUCCUAACGGAGACUACAGAGCCUACGGAGAUCGCGCCAGCAUGGAAACAGUGGAUCCGCCCUCUGACGGAAGCAUAGAUCUUUCUGUGCAAUCUGGAAAUUUGGGCAAGGAAGAUUUGGGUAGAUACUUGAAGAAAAAAGGAAACACUAGUUGUGGAACAACUUGCAAAAAUGACGGCGAUGCCGAAAUGUGUCGAGGUGGCCAAUUGGCUGCCUCUUCAACCACACAGACCCUCACCACAGUUGCGGGUGGUGGUUUGUCGGGCGGUGGCCCCAUUCACGUCCAUGCUGCCUUACCUACAGCGCUACCCACGCACCUGCGUAUACAAUCUCAACUCUAUCCGACAGCCUUACAUUCUUCCUUAAAAUAUAAAGUGUCGCCUCAUGUUAGCCAUAUGCAUAACCAUCCCCACAACUUGUCUCCGCCGCGUUACUCCUCGCCGCCUCCGCUGCCUCGCCCGUCAACGGAGAACCCGUACGACUUCCCUUUAGGAGGACCACACAAUCUUCUUUCAAACAAAUCAUAUAGUCACGCUCACGCUCAAUCACCAUCCAUAGAUUCAGCUUAUUCAAGGACGCACAAGCAUAGCCACAAUCAUUCGUCGGUCCCUGUCCCUUUUGGAUACGAAUCAAAUCGAAGUAGCCAUACGGAGUACGUGCAAUUCCCUUACACCGAUGGCCUUGGCACCGUGAAGAAAGAACCAGCCAGAAUAAGAAUUCCGUCCAACCCGAGUGUGACCAGCAGAAACAGCAUUGGAAGAAUAUCGACGAGCAGCGUCGAACGUCUAUCCGAACAUGGAAGUCCGAUGCCCAAUUUUCAUGUCGAAAUUCUUAGUCCAGGACGACCAGGUACUGGUGUAGGAAGCAGGUCGUCAAUUGAUGAGUAUUCAUGGACCACCGGGUCCGGAUCAAAAUUUAAACCAGCACCUGAUGAGCUACGAAGGGUAUAUAUUGAAAAAUCUUCUGAACCGCUGGGCAUUCAAAUUUUUUGCCGCAAUUCGGGUGGGGUCUUCGUUUCGUCGGUGCAUCAGUCGAGUUUAGCUGCCCAGGUUGGAUUGCAGGUUGGCGAUCAACUUCUAGAAGUCUGUGGUAUCAACAUGCGUAGCGCUACAUACCAACUUGCAGCAUGCGUCCUUCAUCAGUGCGGAGAUUCGAUAACGAUGUUGGUCCAGUACAAUCCUACGAAAUAUCAGGAGCUACAAGAAAUGAACGGCAUGAAUUUGAUGGGCCCUCCUUCAAUGACCAGUUCCAGCAGUGAAUGCGAUGGCAAUGGCGAAGGAUCGCACCAGCGAUCAAAGUCGCGCUCGGGAUCACCGACACCAUGCAACUCCCCUCGCCAUUCGCGAGACCAUAGCAAUAACAGUGGUAACGGAAGCAGUUCUAAAGCCGACAUUCUCGAUCCGGGGGCAGCCACCUUAAGAAAUACUUUACAAUUUGAUCGAAUGAUCGAUCGGGGAAGUGAAUCUCGUUCUUCGGUAGUUCGACCUCCUUCGAUUCACGGCACUCUUACGCGUCACCAUGCGCUGGCCACGUUGAAAAGACCAACUUCAAUGACCACCACCAGUCCUGUAGUCGACGAAAACAGCAGCAAAUGUCGCGACCGAGAUCGUGAGCCGCGUCUUAUGUACCUCGAGAUGAAGAAAGCUCAUAGCCUCGGCAUCAGUUUGGUCGGCGGAAACGCCGUGGGAAUCUUCAUUCACGCCGUUCAGAAUGACUCGCCCGCUUUUAAAGCUGGUUUGCGCUGUGGCGAUCGAAUCCUCGAAUUCAACGGCGUCAACCUCCGAGAUUCUACUGCUGAGCAAGCGGCAUACGAAUUGGCGAAACCAACAGAAAAGGUGACACUAAUUGUUCAACAUGACAUGGAACGAUAUCGGGAAAUCGCCGAACAACCCGGCGAUAGUUUCUACGUUCGAGCUCAGUUUGAUAAGAUGGCGUUUGAGAAUCACGAGCAAAUGGAACUUGGCUUCCGCCGUGAUGAUAUUCUCCAUAUUGACAACACCAUGUUCAACGGUGUUCCAGGUUUGUGGAGAGCAUGGCUUGUUGACAACGAAGGUCGUAAAGUUCGUUGCGGUGUCAUUCCGUCUAAAUAUAAAAUCGAAGAAGAACUACUACAGCGCUCGAGUUUGGCUGAUCUCGAUCACGAAUCGCGACGUUCAUCGACAUCAGCACGGCGCAGUUUUUUCAGAAGGAGGAAGCACACACGCAGCUCAUCUCGAGAUUCAAAAGAGAUUGCAAGUUUUUCGGAUGCAAGUUUACAACUGGGAUCCUCUGAGGGAUUAGGCCUCUCUUCCAUCUACGUCCAGGAUACUAUUCCUCCUCGCCCUGUUUCGUACGCUCAAGUUGAGCGCUAUGAUUGCAAAGAAAUUCGUCCUGUUAUAAUAGUUGGUCCGUUGUCGGACUAUGUCGUGGACAAGCUGGUCCAAGAAUUUCCCCGAAAGUUCGUUCGGGUAAUGCCUGAAUUGAUGCCUUAUCCGGAGUCUUAUAUGGAGAAAAACCUUGAUGAAAAUAUUUUUGUCGAGUACCGACGAAAAGGAACUCACUAUGAGUGCAUUACAGUAUCUGCUGUGCAAGAUGUGGGCGAGAAAAACUUGCACGGCGUGUUGGACGUUUCGCUAAAUGCUGUAUCGCGCCUGCACAACCGACGCUGCUUUCCCAUUAUAAUUCUCUUGAAAUUUAAGUCAGUCAAGCAUGUUCGCGAGGUUAAAGACACACGUCUGCCUUCCGACAAAACGGCGGCUAAAGCUGCCAAGGAAAUGUAUGAGCACGUCAUCAAAGUAGAAGCUGAGCAUCGUCAUCUCAUUUCUGCGGUUAUACCAGCAGGUGGAAAUCUAGCGUGUUUGUGUACGCAAGUAUCUGCUGUAGUCGAUCAGGAGCAAACUAAAAUUCUUUGGGUGCCUCGUGGAUCAAUCUGGUGAAUUAUUUGUACAAAUCGCAACUUGUGACUGGCAGCCUUUUCGGUUUUUUACCGAUGUUGACAUUGUUAUACCUCUUCGUCGACCUUAUUCUUCCUCUGUACUUUUAUGUAAAAUUGUAGGGUGUGAUUUGUUAUACCGGGUUUUUAUACUUGGGGCUGUUUUCUUUCCAGCGCAUGUACAUUGUAUCGAUUAUAUAUUGGACAAUACAAGUCAAGCAAUACAA